AUGUUUGGCAUGUAUUCAUCACAACGAAUGAAGGACUGGAGAAUUAUUGUGUCAAUUUACGAAAAGAAUUUGGUUUAUCUUGUUGAAUGUGCUCAAAUUCUUCAACCAAAUGUAACUUUUGAAAUUCCUGCAUUGAAAAAACCAAUAAAUAAAUGUCAACAAAUUCGAGAAGAAUGUCAUACACGUCAUGAAGAAUUAGAUAAAAGUAUUCAUAAAAUUGAAAAACAAUAUGCAUAA